GUUUGCCCUUGUGGUUGUGGGGUACGAUUCGCACGAAAACGAAAUUUCUCGAAAGGUUUUGUUGCCAGAGAUAAUAUUAAAAAAAAAAAAAAAAAAAAUCUAAAUGUCGCAACACUCACGCGUGAUGACCUUGUACAAAACGUUAUUACAUCUUGGGAAGGAAUACCCAGGUGGUUACCCAUACUUCCGCAACAAACUGAAAAAUGCCUUUAUGAAAAACAGUAGUCUAAAAGAUCCAAAGGAAAUUGACUCAGCAAUAGCAAGAGGAGAAUUUGUUAUCAAAGAAUUAGAAGCACUCUACAUGCUUAGAAAGUACCGUGCAUUGAAGAAAAGGUAUUAUGAAGAUUGAAGCUGUAUUUAGAGUUACCAAUACACAGUUAUGAAAUUACA